UCCAAGGUCGGAGCGACGUAGGGACAUUUUGAUUUACAAAAAAGCUGAUGUUGUUUCCUGUCUUGUGCAGAUAACACGUUACCAGGCUUGUCUGUGCAUAAAUAUUGAUAAGGUGGCUUCGAAUUUAUAGACUAGAUGGGGACGGAACACACUAUGAGGACUCAAUCAAGUUUUCCAGUCAUUCCUUGUCAUAAAACAGCAGCAGUUGCACUUCUGCGGUCGAAUUCGGAAACGUUGUCCUUGGUGCUGAAUAAUGAUGGUGACUGCAUUUUGUUGUUUUGUCUUGUGUAAAACAUUGCUAGACAACUAGGUAACUCUGCCAUCUGAAACUUAACUUCACAUGCCAUAGUCCUACACAUUGAUUAAUCUUUCAAUGGCCAAACUGUUAGGAGAACAGUCGACAAUCACCUCUCCCCUCCCCAUUACAAUUCUCCACCCAACAUCUGCUUAGAUAUUACAAGUACACACCGUACUGAAGCGCCGCCUAGCAAUUCGUGCACGCACGACACCAGAAGAUUACGAAAACAAAGAUGGCGGCGAAUACGGCUGAGAACUUCCCUGAGCUGAAGAAUGACCUGAUGCUCCGCGCCGCCCGCGGAGAGAAGACGGAACGCGUGCCCGUCUGGGUGAUGAGACAAGCUGGCAGAUACCUGGAGGAGUUCAGGGCCAUGAGGGCGGAGAAUGAGUUCUUCAAGGUGUGUCAGACACCUGAGCUGGCCUGUGAAGUUACCUUACAGCCCAUCCGCAGGUUUCAGCUGGAUGCAGCGAUUAUCUUCUCCGACAUUCUGGUGGUGCCUCAGGCACUUGGUAUGACUGUAGAGAUGAUACCAGGGAAGGGCCCCAGUUUUCCUGAACCAUUAAAGUUACCGGAGGACUUGUCCAAACUAGACAAGGAUGUGGACGUGAACAAGACCCUCGGCUACGUGUUCGAUGCCAUCACUUUAACCAGGCACAAGCUGGAGGGAAAGGUGCCUCUUAUAGGGUUUUCUGGAGCACCAUGGACGCUGAUGUGUUAUAUGAUAGAGGGAGGAGGCUCAGAGAGCAUGAGUAAGCCCAAACAGUGGCUGUACAAGUACGAGGAGGCGAGCCACCAGCUGUUGAACAUCCUGACUAAAGUCAUCAUCGAUUACCUGGUGGGGCAGGUCAUCGCUGGUGCACAGCUGCUGCAGGUGUUUGAGUCCCACGCCGGCCACCUGUGUGCCCGCACCUUCAACACCUUCGCCCUGCCCUACCUCAGCAUCAUCGCCAGACAGGUGGAGGAGAAGGUUCGAGCACAGGGCAAGGAGCCCGUACCUAUGAUCAUAUUUGCCAAGGGUGCCCACUAUGCUAUAGAGGACCUGGCGCAGAGUGGGUAUGAAGUAGUGGGUCUGGACUGGACUGUGAACCCAAAGACUGCACGACACCAGACCCAAGGAAAGGUGACAUUACAGGGAAACAUGGACCCUGGUGCUCUAUAUGCCUCAAAGGAGGAGAUUCGGACCAUCGUGAGAGAAAUGUUGGAACAGUUCGGGACCCAGCAGCACAUUGCUAACCUGGGCCACGGGAUCUACCCAACCAUCGACCCCGAUCACGUGGAAGCCUUCGUGGACGCCGUACAUUCCAUAUCUGAGGAGAUCAACCUGGAUAGCAAGAAGAAAAACUAGCAGCUGUGAGAGAAAGUACAGUCCAACCCAGGGUUGUAGCCAGCACCCGUCCUUCAGUCCUUUGAAGGAAUUUUGCAGCUGGGGACUGAAAAAAAUUUUGCCCAUUCCGUCCUCUGUAAUGGACAAAAACUAUAUGUAAAUUGUAAAGUCAGUAAAGAUAUAAAAAAAACUGUCUUCUCGUGUAAUUUUUCACCAAAACAGAUGAACAGCUUAGUCUACCAGCAAAAUCUACACCUCAAAAUGCAGGAAAUUGGGUUUCAGGGGGUCUAGAUUUCAAAUUUUUCAGGGGAGUAUGCCCCCGGAUCCUCUUAGGAACGUUAUGCCUUCGGCUUGUUCUUUCUGAUUCAAAAUGGAGGGGACUGAAAAUGAUUUCAGGCUGGCUACAACCCUGGUCCAACCUGUCUAUAGUGACCAGGCAAGGCUAGGGAUAGUCACUGUGGACAGGUGGCUACUAAAAACUGGAUUUGGUCAUUGUAGAAAAUAAUCUAUUAAAUGAACCACCAAAAUGUGGUGGUCCUUAUGCAGAGGCGGUCACUUGUAAAGGUAUGACUGAAUAUCAAUGGCCAGUGCUGGUUUGACUGUAUAUCAAUAGCCAGUGGGUAUAAUAAUAAGUAUAUGAUAAAUUUGCCUUAAUGCAGAAAAUAUUGCAGUAAGUUUGACUACAUAUAUAUUGGCCCGGUCACAUACAUCUUACGAUCGUCAUAUGAUCGCAAACUGGAUACAUGCUUGGGAUACUCAUACGUAUGUCCUACAAAAUUCAGCUGUAUUAUAGUUACAGAAAGGCUUUCUACAAUAUGAGAUACAUUCGCAUAAUUCCA